CAAGCAUCCGACCCAGCACACAGCCGACAGAACCGCAGCGUCUCGUCUGACAACACUUGGCUCCUGCGCUGAUUCGGACCCUACUUUUGCCCCUGAACCAAGUUAAAAACAAAACAAACAAACAAAACGAAAACAAGGAUAAGUGUUUGUGCGGGAACUAACUACCGACACUUGUUGCUCGCCUCUCCAGGUAAACCUCCAGUUGGCAUCCAGAAGCUCUCAGUGGAGAGUCUGGUGCGCACAUGGCACCGACAACGCGCUCCUCUCUUUGCUGACAGCCGCGCUACAUGAAGCCAAACAUUGGAUAAUGAGGCCUCCCUGCUGCACGGCUACUCUCACACCUAACAAGUGAAGUUUGGAGUUUCUUCUGAGAUUUGAUUUUUUGUGGUCUUUUUUGGUACAUCUUGGGCUAAAAAAAGUGAGGAAAAGUCAUGUUGGGGUUAAACAGGAUUGCCAGUCUCCGUGCAGCUCAGAUUCAGCGCUGUGGUUCGCCGGCGGGAGCGAGACUCUCACCCCGAUCUUCUUCAUGCCAGAACGCCGGUGCCAGUUCGAGGAUUUAUUGCGCGUGUCUGUUGUUGCUGCUGCUUGUGACGCCUCGGGUGGACUCCUCAUGGUGGUAUAUCGGCGCACUCGGUGCCCGUGUAAUCUGUGACAACAUCCCCGGCCUGGUGAACAAGCAGCGGCAGCUUUGCCAACGCCAUCCUGACAUCAUGCAGGCAAUUGGGGAGGGAACCAAAGAGUGGAUCAGAGAGUGCCAGCACCAGUUCAGACACCAUCGAUGGAACUGCAGCACACUGGACCGAGACCACACUGUCUUUGGACGCGUCCUGCUGAGGAGCAGCCGUGAAGCAGCAUUCGUCUAUGCCAUCUCCUCAGCAGGAGUCGUCUACGCGCUGACUCGAGCCUGCAGCCAGGGGGAGCUGAGGACGUGCAACUGCGACCCGCACAAACGCGGACGAGAUAAAGACGAUAGAGGAGAAUUCGACUGGGGCGGCUGUAGCGAUAACAUCAACUACGGGAUAAAAUUCGCCAAAACCUUCAUAGAUGCCAAAGAGAGAACGGUCCGAGAUGCUCGGGCACUCAUGAACCUACACAACAACCGCUGUGGCAGAACAGUAAGUUCCCUGGGCACAGCCGGACGGGUCUGCAAUAAGACAUCGCGCGGCACGGACGGCUGUGAGGUCAUGUGCUGUGGGCGUGGCUACGACACCACGAGAGUCAAGCAAAUCACCAAGUGCGAGUGCAAGUUCAAGUGGUGCUGCUCUGUGGAGUGUAAGGACUGUGAGGAAGCUGUAGACAUACACACAUGCAAGGCUCCCAAACGAGCCGAAUGGCUGGACCAGACCUGAGGACACGCCCCCUACGCUCCCUGCAAUGCAACCCCGCCCCUUUCCCCUGUGCAGGAUAUCCUGUGGAACACGGCAUUCUGGGAAAGUUUGUCCAAAAGUGCUCUGCAUCUCCGCCUUCCCCUUUCCCGCAACCUCGACUCAAUGCAUGGCUUUUCUACCUGUCUCUGUGAAAGCACUAGAAUUCAGUACCCGUCAAUAUGAAUUAAUACCCAUUAGCCCCUGUUUGUGAAUGGCCCUGUGACUGGAGUGCUGGGAUCAGGUGAACAGUGAUACCAGUGAUACCAGUGACACCACCUUUGGGGUUCAGGUGGAUUAGGCUUUCACUGAAGACUCAGUUCUUGGGUUGAAAUGGUUUGCUGCUUUCAUGAUGCUUUAAAGACUAAUUUUUACAUUAACUGAGCCUUCAGACAUAUCCAGUAUUAUUACAACAACAUCAUAUACUCACAUAACGUUGCUUCAUUUUGGGGGAAACACACUUUUACCUAAAAAGAAAACAAAAAAAGAAUACUAGGUUGGACUUGGUAAGUGCAAUUUGAGUGGACAUCUGAGUGUAAGUUUGGCUGUGUGUGGCCAAACAGUCCAACCAGAGGACUAACACGCGACAGAGAAAUAGACAUUGUGUUAUUGGAACUUUGAAUGCGACUGCGAAAACAAAAAAACAGAAGAAGAAGAAGAAGAAGGAAAAAAAAGCUGUUUAAAGCGAUUUAUUUAAGCUGUAAAGUGUUGUUUGGUUUCUCUUUCGAGGAAGACGCUGCACUACGUUGGCUGACAAAAGGAGAGAGAAGAGCACUCCCAUUACUGUGAUUAUCUGGUGUUUUCAGCAUGCUGCUGAGAAGAAGAUGAAGAAAACCGAGGCCUUGAUGGCUGUUCAGUCACACCAAACCAUAACAUCAGACAGAUUUCACUUCUUUGCUCUUCGUCUUGCUUGUAUAACAUUGUGUAU